AUGACGGGGCCCGGGCCUCACGUCUAUUUGAAGGAACUGUGUCGGCGGACUGUGCGAUGGCAGUACAUGACGGGGCCCGGGCCUCUCGUCUAUUUGAAGGAACUGUGUCGGCGGACUGUGCGAUGGCAGUACAUGACGGGGCCCGGGCCUCUCGUCUAUUUGAAGGAACUGUGUCGGCGGACUGUGCGAUGGCAGUACAUGACGGGGCCCGGGCCUCUCGUCUAUUUGAAGGAACUGUGUCGGCGGACUGUGCGAUGGCAGUACAUGACGGGGCCCGGGCCUCUCGUCUAUUUGAAGGAACUGUGUCGGCGGACUGUGCGAUGGCAGUACAUGACGGGGCCCGGGCCUCUCGUCUAUUUGAAGGAACUGUGUCGGCGGACUGUGCGAUGGCAGUACAUGACGGGGCCCGGGCCUCUCGUCUAUUUGAAGGAACUGUGUCGGCGGACUGUGCGAUGGCAGUACAUGACGGGGCCCGGGCCUCUCGUCUAUUUGAAGGAACUGUGUCGGCGGACUGUGCGAUGGCAGUACAUGACGGGGCCCGGGCCUCUCGUCUAUUUGAAGGAACUGUGUCGGCGGACUGUGCGAUGGCAGUACAUGACGGGGCCCGGGCCUCUCGUCUAUUUGAAGGAACUGUGUCGGCGGACUGUGCGAUGGCAGUACAUGGUCUAUUUGAAGGAACUGUGUCGGCGGACUGUGCGAUGGCAGUACAUGACGGGGCCCGGGCCUCUCGUCUAUUUGAAGGAACUGUGUCGGCGGACUGUGCGAUGGCAGUACAUGACGGGGCCCGGGCCUCUCGUCUAUUUGAAGGAACUGUGUCGGCGGACUGUGCGAUGGCAGUACAUGACGGGGCCGGGCCUCUCGUCUAUUUGA